CCGUCGGGUGCAGAUCGGAGGUUACCACAGGACACUGCUGCCUGUGCCGUUGCUGGACCUCAACAAUAGCAACAACAGGUACACAAACCCGAACUCGGACACCUCCUCCACUUCCCUACCGCCGCCUGUUUUACCUUUUGGAUACUCUUGCUUCUUGGACACACGGCGGCAACUUCAAAGUCAUACACGACUGCAUUAAUGAGUCAGUUUUCUCCGGUGAAACGUUUGGAACCGGAGCGACCGGAGCAGCGCCUUUCCACCGACCGGACCUUUUCACUUUUCGGUGUCAGCCACUACAGCCGGAGUCAUUCACAGCAUGUAUGGAUUUAAGACAAGCAGCGCUGGUUGUUGCGACAUUAAAGAGACUGUCAGCGAUAAGGACCGUUCCUCUGCCCGGCUACAAUGAUUAGCAAACGAUAUGACAAUUGCAUAAUACAUUUUAGCCACUGUAAAAAUAGCCUUCAGCGGAAAAGCUGCUAACGUUACCGACGCAGGACGAGUGUAAAACCAACACAGGGGACAGUGUAGGAUACAAGUCGAGGUCAGUUUGAACUCGAGCGUAACACACGCCGCAUGUGUGUCGGUGUAGUAGUGUAAUGUUACAUGGUUUUCUUUUUGGUGUUUGCGCUCGUUUUAAAAUCCGUUUCAAAAGUAACGAGGGCUGCUGCUCCAGCAACACAACGGUGAAGUUUGUGACACCUGUGGCAUUGAACUGAUAGAAAGACGGUAAACUGCCUGUGUUUCUCCAACGGCUGAAAGGUCACCAGGACAGGUCAUCUCUGUCUCUCCUCUCCACCUCCUCCUCCUCCUCCUCUCGUCAGUCUGUUAUGAAGAUGUGAACUCCCUCCCUUCCUCUUUUUCCCUCUCUUCGCCGUUUAGGACGCUUUGAUUUUUUUGAUUUUUUUUUUUUUUUUCUUCUUCUUCUCUAUUUGGUACAAAGGAUUCAGACGCGACAACCGUCUCUCGGGUGAUGUACGAAAGCGUGGAUGUUGUGGGUCUGAGUCCCAGCCCCAGCCGCAGCAGCCCCAGCCCCGGCUCUUUCCUGAGCAUGGACUACUACCACAGACCCCCGGGGCUCGGGCCGGAGAAGGGACUCCUGUCCGGUGUAGGAGGACUCCAGCGGUCGUUCGGAGCGUCCUUGGUGACCGGCAGGAACUGGAGCGGAUCCUGCCACUCCAUAGAGACUGAGAGCACGAGUUCAGGGGAGGACCUGCUCGUCCCCAGCCCCCCCUCACCUCCGCCCCCACCCCGCAUCUACAAGCCCUGCUUUGUGUGUCAGGACAAAUCUUCAGGAUACCACUAUGGAGUCAGCGCCUGUGAGGGCUGCAAGGGUUUCUUUCGGAGGAGCAUCCAGAAGAACAUGGUGUACACUUGCCACCGGGACAAAGUCUGUGUCAUAAACAAGGUGACAAGGAACCGGUGUCAGUCCUGUCGACUGCAGAAAUGCCUUGAUGUCGGCAUGUCCAAGGAGUUGGUACGAAACGACAGAACGAAGAAGAAGAAGGAGGAGAAGAGGCAAGGGGAGGUAGAGAUCCAUGUUCUGUCAGCGGACACAGAGCAGAUGAUUGAACGGGUUCGCCAGGCCCAUCAGGACACAUUUCCCUCCCUGUGUCAGCUGGGAAAAUACACCACGAGCAACAGCUCAGAGCAACGUGUCUCGCUGGACGUCAGUCUUUGGGACAAGUUCAGCGAACUCUCCACCAAAUGCAUCAUUAAGACGGUGGAGUUCGCCAAGCACCUGCCUGGCUUCACAACGCUAACCAUCGCUGAUCAGAUCACGCUGCUCAAAGCCGCCUGCCUCGACAUACUGAUUCUGAGGAUCUGCACUCGCUACACCCCGGACCAGGACACAAUGACCUUCUCUGACGGUUUGACUCUGAACCGCACCCAGAUGCACAACGCCGGGUUUGGACCUCUCACAGACCUCGUCUUCUCCUUUGCCAACCAGCUGCUCCCGCUGGAGAUGGAUGAUGCAGAGACGGGAUUACUCAGCGCCAUCUGCCUGCUCUGUGGAGAUCGUCAGGAUUUGGAGGAACCAGAAAAGGUGGAUGUUCUUCAGGAGCCAAUGCUAGAAGCUUUGAAGAUCUAUGUGAGGAGGAGGAGGCCUGAUAAACCCUGUAUGUUCCCUAAAAUACUGAUGAAGAUCACUGACCUCAGGAGCAUCAGUGUGAAGGGAGCAGAGCGAGUGAUCACACUGAAAAUGGAGAUCCCCGGCUCCAUGCCUCCUCUCAUUCAGGAGAUGCUGGAGAACUCUGAGGGUCUGGAGGGGCAUGGAGCUGGGGGAGAGAAAGGGGGAGGAAAAGGUAGAAGAGGAGGCAGAGAAGAAGAUGAAAAAGACCUCAGGAGCUGUCAUCCAAGGCCCUCGCUCAAAUCAGUCCCCUCCCGCAGCCCAAGCCCCAUUUCCUGCUCCCCUUCCUCUCCCUCCCCCUCCACCUGAAGUUCCACACUCAGCACCUCUCCUCCACACAGCGCCACCACUCAGGGGGCUGGACAACCAUCCACACGGCAGACACACAGAGAAUGAAACCAGAAAAAAACUGCAGCUAAUAACAGAUAAUCUGGAAGACACAUUUGAACCCAUAAACUCACUGAGACAUGUCGAGUGAAAGCAGCCAUGGAGACCUCUUCCUUCUUCGCCUUUUCACCAUCACCAAACCUCACAUAUUGUCCCCAGUCUUCUCCUUUCCUUCUCCCCACAGACACAUCAGGGAAAAAAUAAUGAUCCUUGACUUCAAUUCCCUUCUCUGAAAUCAGAAAUGUAGACAAGAAUUACAGACUUUCUGUAGAUAUGGGAAAUUGAUUUUUUUUUUCUCCUCUGUUUUACUUUGCAUCAUCUGUAGUUAAAGAUGUAUUUGGGUUGUUUUCAGAUGCAGCUCCAGCAACUCGAAUGACUUGAACUAACUGUGAAACAUAAGAUUAGUUUUAAAAUAGUACAAUAUCUGCCUGUUGGUGGACACUUUCAACCAAAGUAAACUGUGAUACCUGAAAUGCAAACACCCUUCACAAGAGUUUCCCCAUCCGAUAAUAAACCCCCACUGAGGCACUAGAGGUGUAAAGCACUGCAGAGUUUUAGUUUAAUGAAGAUAAUGUGGAAAUCUCAUCGUCACUGAUGACAGGUGCCGCCAAAACAUGCGUCUAAAUGUAAAGGCUGUAUUUUGUUUUUACAGUCAAAAUGCAAAAUGUACUAUCAUAGUGUCCCUCUAGGGUGCCACUGCCUACUGUCAGGUACAAAUCUUGUAACUCCAAUUUCACUGUUGUCCUCUUUAAUUUAUGGUGAGGUAACACUCACUCAAAGACUAUACAAAUACAGGGAGUUAAAUAAAGUUGUAUGAUUUUCUUCUUCUAUCUUGAUAUGUGUGUGCUCUUUGGUUAAAAACAUGAUGCUCACUGUAAAAUGUGAUAUUGUAAUAUUCAUAUUGUCUUAUACAAGUGACACAACAACCAAGAAAACUCAUUUUAUCAACUAAUUCUAAAUCCUCCACCCACUAUGAUGUUUGUUUUGUAAAUGCAUGUAAAAUGCAAGGUCAGUCGAUAUCUGUUGAAGCAUCUGUAAUGAAUAUGUACAUAAAAUACCAGUUAAUGUAAGAAAAAUGA